AUGGAAAUUGAAAUAUACAAGACUCAACGUACAUUCUAUAGUAACGAAAUUAGGAAGGACAAUAUAGCAGAACGAGUCCAUCCAUUCUACAAGAAAUCUAAUAAAGAUAUACGUACGUCCAAUCCUUCUAUCAAAACCUUUAUCCAGACUUUAAAAGCGGACACAGAACAAAUGUUUAAGAAUCCUCCAAAAUAUCAUCAAAAUCUCACCAAAGGAGAAAAAAUGGCUUUAAAGGACCUAAGUGGUGAUCCCAAUAUUGUGAUUCACUCUGCCGACAAGGGUGGAGCUACGGUUAUACAAUCUUAUCGAAACUAUCAUCAAGAAAUAUUACGCCAAUUGGAUGAUACUGCCACAUAUAUGAAACUCACAUAUGAUCCUGUAAGUAAAUUUCAGACAAGGAUCAAAAACCACAUAGAAUUGGGAAUUCGUAAUGGAUAUUUAGAUGAAAAAACAGCACAAUUCCUGUAUGUUGCAAACCCGAAACAUCCAGUGCUAUAUACACUACCUAAAAUCCACAAGGACCCCAUAACACCUCCAGGCAGACCAAUUGUGUCAGUCAAAGAGGGCUUACUUGAACCUGUCACGAAGUACAUUGAUCAUUACAUCAAGAAAAGUGUAAUGGCACUUCCCACAUGUUUACGGGAUACUCAGGAUUUUAUCCAUAAAAUCAAUUUAACUCCAGACAUUGAAGACUCAU